AUGCAGUUUAUCAUAACUGCCACUAGGUAUCGAAAUGGAGAAGUGGUUGCUUUCUGCAAGCUUAGCAAUAGCACUAAGGUUGGGGUUAAUGGCUAUGUAGCUGUGUCUUUGUCUACCAUGUUUAAGCUCCAAGAUGCCAUUGGCUCCGACAAGGAGUUCAGACUCUCCUCCAACCAAGAUGUUACAACCGUUUUUUUCCAAUCCAGUGAUUCUCUGCCGAGGGCUCGUAACCUGUCUAAAGAAAUCAUAACAACCUCGUGGUUUGAGGAGUUUGGUCCUGUUAGAAAUCAGAAUCAACAUAGUUUGUGCUGGGCAUAUGUAGCCCUUGAUCUCCUCAGUGCUCACACGGUGAUUUGA